CCAUUAUUAUUAAUAAUUCACCGUAAUUGCAAAGCCAUAGACAAUUCCUCACUUUAUUAUGAGUUUUUGCAUAAUAACAAUAAUAGUAAUGUAAAACACACAAUAUUGAAUUUUCUAGGGACAACCAAACUACAAUAUUGAAUUUACUCCAAUUCAAUUUAUGUUUUUUUUUUCUCCUUUGCAAAGUAACAAAAUACAGUUAUACAGUGUUGAAAAGUAAUAAUAACAAGAGUAAAAGUUGUGUUAUUGUCAACUUAUUUAUUUUAAAAUUAAAAAUAUCAAAUUUGAUGCUUUAAAGUCUCCACUCUGUUGACCUCCGGGGUCCAAGGUGUCCCCUCGUCUGUCUCCGUCAUUCCGUCGCGCCGGAAAAGGCAGAGCAUCGGAAAAAAAAAGGAGGCGUUUCCCUCUAAACAACACAUCAGCUGCAAAUUUAUGCAGAACAGUGAAAUCUGUGCUGCUGCUGUCCUGCAAAAAAAGAACAAGGAAAAAAAGAGGGAGCACCACCGGGCACCGCUUGUACGACACGCCCGGGAGGCCGCUUAGUCCGCUGCGGGGAGCCGGUGCAGAAGGGAGGCUGAGAAACCCGGAGCGGUGACGCAAUGGAGGCGGAUGGAGAGCAGAACCAGCAGGGAGCCUCGACCAAUGGGAGCACAUCCUCUGGGACGAGCUCCCGCCCCUCACCAAUGAAUUCCAUGUCUGCGUAUGAAAGGCAGGCGGUACAGGCCCUUCAGGCAUUGCAGAGACAGCCUAAUGCAGCUCAGUACUUUCAGCAACUGAUGCUGCAGCAACAAAUCAACAGUGCACAGUUGCAGAAUCUGGCUGCCGUGCAACAAGUCAAGGCAACUCUGGCAGCCAGUCGUCAGUCGUGUCCCUCCAGCAGCUCUUCUCAGACCACCAGCACUACAGUAGCCAGUGUAACAUCUGGAGCAGGUUCUACAACCAGCAGCCGCCCUUUAGGUGCCUCAGCAACAUCCACCAUCAGUCAGUCCGUGCUGCUGAGCGGGCCAGCAGGUGGUCAGGGACAAAUGUACCUGAGGGUCAACCGCUCCCUAAGGACCCCCAUCCCCUCCCAGCUCAUCUUCAUGCCCGGUAGCACAGCAACCGCUGCUAUGGCGACUGUCGCCCAGCAGCCCCAGACUCAGCAGCAGCAGGAAGUAACACCAGCCUCCUCUUCCAGCAGCCAGACAGAUAAUGACCAGGCACAGAAUCUUGCCGUCCGAGGUGUGUCGAGUCCUAAAGGUGUGGGUGUUAAAACUGAAGCCGCAGACAGAACUGACUCAGCUGCCUACUCCUUGGUCCAGCAAUCCCACCCAUCAACCCCUCAGUCCCCAACAAAACCCAGCCCACAGCCGCCUCACAUUAAAAUCCCUACCUACCCCCAGCCUACUAACCUUAAAGCACACGCCGCCUCUUCAUCUGGUGCCUCCUCCUCCUCCUCAUCCUCCACCUCCUCCAUCCCUCUCUCCCAGCUUCUACUUCAUGGAACUCGAACACUGGCCACAGCUCCCACAACAGCGCAUGCAUUGGUCCUGACGUCCAAUGCGACAUCUCAGGCCCAUGGGUACCCGGUUGGCACGGCAACCAUCAAACCUGCAGUCAACGCUCAGACUCUUGUGGUGCAGCCUUUGCAGAAGACCGCGCUCGGCACUGAGAAAUCGGGCCAUCCUAAUGGACCCAUUCCCAUCCAACCGAAAACUUUGCAGGGACUUCGCUUGCCCCUUCAACUUCCCUCCAGAAACCCUCCUCCAAUCUUGCCUGCCCCUCCAACUGCUAGCAGCUCUAACCACCCUUCCCAGCCUCCACAUAUCCCGGUCCAGAUAGUGGGGGCCAGGCAGAGCACACUAGGGGGCACCCAGGCUCUUGCCCUCACCCGUGGCAGCUGCAGCCAAGAUGGAGCUGCUGUUCUCAGCAGCUCGUCCAGCCUGCUCACCAUGGUGGCCUCCAUCGCCUCCAGGGAAGGUGGGGUUGUUGGCAGAGGGGUGGGGCUUAAGACUCUUCAGACUCCCCAGGAGGCUCCCCCAUCUGCUCAGGCCCCUCACAUGCAUCACCAGACCAAUCAAAGCUCUGCACAGAGUCAGAAUGGACCUUCAGCUCAUAGCCCCGCAUCCUCUCAGUUACAAACCAUUACAGCUCCUCCCCCCUCCCAGUCUCGUUCCACACACUCUCUCCCCCAGGUGACUGAAGAGCAGAAAAGAGCUGGUGUGACAAUAAAUGGAGACUCGUCAGGAGGUCAGACUCCUCAGGGGAAGCAGGUGAGCGCCUCCCUAAAAAGGAAAUCAGAUUCCGGUUCAGCAAACGAUGAAGACGGUCCAUCUCCUCCACGGCUCCAGCCAGUCAAAGACCACACCUCCACACCCCCAGGCAAUCUUAUCAGUGCAGGUUCUGCUUCUCCUCCUCUGACCUCCUCCACUCCGACCACGGUCCUGUCUGUGUCCCGGGGGGCCUGCGGGCAGGGGGAGCGGGCGUUGCCGCCCCAAGCUGUUGUUAAACCACAAGUUCUCACUCAUCUAAUUGAAGGCUUCGUAAUCCAGGAAGGAGCAGAGCCAUUCCCAAUAUGUGGUCCAGCAAAGGACUCAGCUGGUGAGGAUCUAACUGACGACAGUCCAGAUAUGAACCAAUCAGAAACGGUCACUACAGCAACAGUCCUGAAGUGUGAGUACUGCAAAAACUUUGCUCCUGCCAGCCAGUUCAGAGGCACCAAAAGGUUCUGCUCCAUGUCUUGCGCCAAGAGUAUGUAUUGGUUCCCCAGGUACAACGUCAGCUUCAGGCAAAACUUCACCAUGCGACACAGUCACAGCCAGCGCCAAGAUCGGGAUCACACUAUGGAUCAGGACCAGGACCAAGACCAGAAACAGGGUCACUUCUCUAACUCAGAUGAGGAAGGAGGGAUUGCAAGGAGGAGGGUUCCUCGCAGGACUAGCUCAGAAAUAGCCAGCGCAAAGAUAGCAGGAAGACCCGUACCUGCAAAGUGCCGUUCAGAGUCCAGCCAUUCGGAAGAAGAGUCCAGUGGACAGGAGGACGAAGAAGACGCCAUGUCUCUGUCACCUGCCUCAUCAGCUUCCUGCCACCAGCCACCUCCACCUGCUGUAACUGAGAGCUCAGCACCCAACUGCCUGCCUCCUAGCCCCACCCAGUGGACAGUGGAGGAAGUGUCACAGUUUAUUUCCUCACUACAAGGUUGCGAGGAGCUCGCCUCCCAGUUUCUGUCGCAGGAAAUCGACGGACAGGCUUUGCUCCUGCUGAAGGAGGAGCAUCUGAUGUCCACCAUGAACAUUAAGCUGGGACCGGCCCUGAAGAUCUGUGCUCACAUCAACAAUCUGAGGGACUAAUGUUUCAAGACGUUUUUCCAAGUCCACUCCUGGACAAGGAUCAGAUGUGGAACUGUUUUGACAGCAGGAAGAGAGGGCCUCCAGGUGAAUGUAUAUGAGGUUCAUUAAGACUAAGACUCCCCAGUUGAACUAAGCGCUUCAGAAUUGAAGCUUGUUGAUAGUUUGCUCAUUCCUGAUUUCUUUCUGAAAGUCAUAUUUGCAGAGAUUGAGUGGAAUAUCCACUGCUUAAUUUAUCUUAAAACUGUAUGGGAUAAAGAUUUUUGGUGAAGGUGCCAAUUGCUGCCCAAAUUUGCUCCAUGCAACACAUAAAUGAAGAUUUUAUUUUCUUAUUAUUUUGCACUUCUGAAACAAAUGGCUGAAAUGUUUUUCCAACAUGUGGGAGAAGCUGGGGCUGUUGUAUUGCAAGUAUCUUUGUGAAAUCUAGUUUUUCUAGUUAAUUUUGAUUUAUUUGUUAAAUCAAAAGGGAAAAUUAAAAAUGGGUGCAGAAACGGCUAUUGUUUCAUUUGGUCUCCAGGAGAAUUUGAAGUUCUGAACUCUAACCCGGCUCCUCGUGAGGUUUUUGUGCACUCAUUUUUGUUUGGAACAUGGAAAAACAGUUAUCAAUGUGAGGUGUUUAUUUACUGAGCCGUUACUCAGUAGGAAUGACCAUCAUCAUGUAUAAAUGCUGGCCUUUUUCUGAUGGGUUCCCUCUAGCUAACAGGGUACAUUGAGAGAACAGGGUAUAGAAAGAUAAAAUACCAGACCCAAAACGUAAAUCUAAUGUAAAACCCAAAACGUUCAAGGUUCUGAGAGUAUAUGACAUGUAAAGAAGACUCAUAUGUCCUCUGGGUUUAUUUUACAGGAUGUAUGGAAUUAGCUUUGAUCAUUUUCUAGCUCUGGACAAGUAUGAAAAAGAAAACAAAAUAUGGAAAAAUGUUCUCCAGAUUCUCCAGAUUUUAUUUCCUAUUCUAUUACCUAAAAGAUAUAACGGGCUGUAUCAAAACACAGUGAAGUGAUUCUUACCUUCAUUUAUAUUUAAUUCGCAUAUUUUACCUUUUGAAUUUCUACAUCUUAAAUGGAUUUUUUGACAGACUUAAUUAUCGGUUUGGUUUAGGGUUACUGAGUGAGAAAACACCCCAAAAAACUCCCAAAUAUUUAAAAAAUAGGACCAUUUCACAUAUUGUUUUUCACAUCUAGAUCCAGUGGACCUGUGUUCCCUAAACACUGGCUCUUUAGGCAUCAAACUGAGCAGUGAAAUGUACAAACUGUACUUUAAAGAGUUUGUAUUUACUGUAGGAUAAAUUAGUCCAGACUAAAAAAGCGAAGUGUUAUAAAUGUUAGUUGAUUUAACGUGCCAAAAAAAAGAUCAGAAUAAUCAAUGAGUGCCCUUCACCACACUGCUGGAUCAGAAGCCAACCUUAGCAAGGUCUUGGUAAAUGAUUUAUAUAACAUACACAAAAUAAAACCCAACUAGUUAGCGCUGAAGCACUGCUAUGCACUGAAUUCUGGAAUAAAAAAUGUGCGGGAACCCCGAAUAUUCCACUCAAUGAUUUCCACUUUGUCUCAUUAAGCUUUAUAAAAGAAGACUUGAUUUUUUUAUUUAAACUGUAUCAACAGAUGCUUGUAGGAGAUGCUGUCUGAAAUGUGAAAUGAAAGGAGCAGCAAACAACACUAAAUACAAGCUGAUAAAGUAUCUUUAAGCUGAGUUGUUGAGAAAGCUGUUGAGGAAAUGGAAACAUGGACCUACAUUUCUUACUGACUGAGAAACCAUUACAUCAGACUGAAUGACUGUGUGAAUAAAAAAAUCUUAAGCUAUACUGUAGUAAGUGUAAAAAUUUGCCUUUAUAUUUAAUUGCACAUUUGUUUGCUCGACUGCCUUGUUUGAGCUUUUCUUAUGUCGAACUUCUCUCAUGUUCUCUAGUGGCCUUUCUUACUAUUCUCACUAGAUUUAGAGGGCUGUCAUUUUUUUUACCUGCUUUUCAUAUCAUUCCUUCUUUUCUAUAAACAAUCUUAAUUUUUUAAAACCUCUUCUUUCAAGCAAUGAUAUCCGUUGCUUUUCCCAAAGCGUGACUGAAUAGUAGCUACCUUGAUCAAGGAAACCUCUGUCUUCCUCAUAGCUUUGUCAUAUAUCGUGUACCUUCCAACAAUAUGUACCUUUUUUAGCUAGCUAUCUUUGGCUUUAUUGUGACUGAUUGUGGCUGUUUUCUUUCACGAAGGGAUAAUCCUUGACUGCUGUUUGUUUUUCAGUCUCCCCAGGAUUCAGGGGUAUUUAUAUUUACAGGUCCUUCCACAUGUAGAGCUGGAUGAAAAGGACUCAUUGAAUGUGAUGUGAGCCUAUUAAUUCCUGUGUAAUGUUUAUAUUAGGUGGAUCCAUGCAUCUUUGUUCAUUUGAUCUACAUUCACACAAACAAGCAGCACCUUUCUCCCCAAAAAGUACUGAAGAUUCUGCAAAUCUUUCAUUUGCAAUAAUCAGAAAAAAAUGCAAAAUCUUGAAGGAGUGUGUUUAACAAGGAAUGGUUAAUGCUACAAUGCAAAUAAACAAAUAAAUAAUCAAGGAACUGUUGUAGAA